UUCCUUCUAAGUAGUAACACACAAGCAAGAAGCAGAGCUGGAACGAAUAAGACCCACUGAGUCCGAUCAGAUUUACACUGGAAUAAGGCUAGGUAGGCUGUCAACAACUAGUCAGACUGCCUCUACCACGGUCAAUAAGCGCUGUUUGAGGAGUACAAAACAAACAAAAAAAGCCAAAUAGGUCGCCUCACAAAGGCAGAUUUUGACUUAAACUUUUUCAGGCUUAAGGGACGAUUUCUUAAGUAAGCAAUGACUAAGCCUCUACGGAAAUGGCUCACGGUACGUCGCUGACGUAGUUCUAGGGACUACGCAUGCGCAAUACAGCAAGGACGGCCAUAGCCGUUUCGCCCAUCAUGGCGGGUCCGGGUGCUGAGGGGCGCUCGGCCGACCCUGAGGCCGAAGUAGUAACUCCUCCGCCCAUGGCGGGGUUGGAGCUGCUACAACAGGGGGCUGAAGCCCGCGUCUACCGGGGCCAAUUCCUAGGCCGCCCGGCAGUGAUCAAGCACCGCUUCCCGAAGCGUUACCGGCACCCGAUCCUGGAGGAACGACUGAGCCGGAGGCGAACGGCGCAAGAAGCGCGCUCGCUGCUGCGCUGUCGGCGGGCAGGUAUUUCUGCUCCUGUUGUAUACUUUGUGGAUUAUGUUUCCAACUGUAUCUAUCUCGAAGAUAUUGUUGAAUCAAUUACAGUGCGGGACUAUAUCAUCUCUGAACAACAAUCUGGAGAAAAUGCCAGUAGCCUUACUUUAUUAACAGAGAAGAUAGGUGAGAUGUUGGCACGGAUGCAUGAUGAAGAUCUUGUACAUGGGGAUCUCACAACAUCAAACAUCCUUUUGCGACCACCAGUGGAAAAGCUGGAUCUAGUGUUAAUAGAUUUUGGAUUGAGCUUUAUUUCUGCACUUCCUGAAGAUAAAGGUGUUGAUUUAUAUGUCUUGGAGAAAGCUUUUUUGAGUACCCAUCCAAAUACGGAGACUCUGUUUGAAGCUCUGUUGAAGAAAUACUCGGUUACAUCUAAAAAAUCGGCUCCAGUUAUUAAAAAACUGGAUGAAGUACGGCUAAGGGGACGGAAGAGAUCCAUGGUUGGAUAAAAUAACACAAAAAGCAUGCAAGGCUAGGGGAAAGAGGUUUUACUCAGUAUGCAAUUCAAAUAAAAGUUUCAGUUAUGAUGCAUUAUAAAAUAAAUUGUUUGCAUUGUUUCACAUUUGUACAAUAAAGCUUGUUGUGGUUUUA